GUGCGGAAGGCUCGCGCUGUCGUGGAGGACGGUAACGAGGAGUGCUGUCCGCUGCCAGGCACGUCCCCGGACCUUCAGGACACAUCGGAGAACCGGGACCGAGCCAGUCUGGUCCGGGAGGAGGAUUCUGCUGCCACACCUCUGUCUUUUUUAACUUUUAACUGUAACUUUGAGACCAAAGAAGACCUGGUUUACCACACUGUGCCACAGUCAGUCAAGUUUGAGGAAUUAAAGGUGUUUUCGUGGCUCCGAUUAUAAAGCAGACAUCAUGGAGGACGACCUGAUGUUCAGCAUGGAGGAGGACGGCAGCGCCAAAAGACCUCCUGUCCAACGAAGUGCCCCCAAACAGCGGACCUCUUCCCUCAGUGACGCCAACGCAAGUGAUGAUGAUGACGAAGACAACUUCAUCUGCCCCAUCCUGGACGACUCGGCCAGAGAAAUCUGUUACUACAUGAAGAAUCUGGUUUACACCCGGCAGGCAAACUCUCUUCCUAAGAACAACUUUAUGUACAAGAGCGAAACAGAAACGGAGGCAGAACCUCGGUCGUACAAGGUUUUGUCUGAGAGCGCACGGCAUGCAUGGAAAAAGGCCAUUGAAAAGGCCAAGGCCUUGCCUGACCCGUGGGCACAGUUUCAUCUGGAAGAAAUUGAGACUGAACCCUGCAUACGUUACAGGUACAAUGCCAUCACAGGAGAAUGGGCUCAAGACAAAGUCCACAUCAAGAUGGGCACCCAGCCAUUUGGGAAAGGGGCCAUGAGGGAGUGCUUCAGAACGAAGAAGUUGUCAAAUUUCUCACACAGCAGCAACUGGAAGUCAGCUAGUAAUUAUGUGUCCAAGCGUUACAUGGAGACGGUGGACAGAAAUGUUUACUUUGAGGACGUCAGGCUGCAGAUGGAAGCCAAACUCUGGGGAGAGGAGUACAACCGCCACCGACCUCCCAAACAGGUGGACAUCAUGCAGAUGUGUGUGAUAGAGAUGAUAGAGCGACCAGAUAAACCUCUCUUCCACCUGGAGCAUUACAUCGAGGGCAAAUACAUCAAAUAUAACUCCAACUCUGGCUUCGUGAGGGACGAUAACAUCCGACUCACUCCACAGGCUUUCAGUCACUUCACUUUUGAGCGAUCGGGCCACCAGCUGAUCGUGGUGGACAUCCAGGGUGUGGGAGAUCUCUACACAGACCCUCAGAUCCACACAGAGAAGGGGACCGACUUCGGAGACGGAAAUCUAGGUGUGCGAGGCAUGGCGCUGUUCUUCCACUCGCACCUGUGCAACAAGAUCUGCAAGAGCAUGGGCCUGACGCCUUUUGACCUUUCCCCUGCAGAGAAGGCCCAGCUGGACUGCACCAACAAACUGCUUAAGUCAGCCCAGACAGUGCUGAGGGGCUGCGAGGAGCCCUGCGGCUCUCCUCGUGUUCGCACCAUGUCAGGGAGCCGGGCACCGCCGCUGCUUUCCCGCCUGUCUGAGACCUCAUCUGCAGACGAGAGCAUGAGCGACGUGGACUCCAUCCCCUGCUCCCCUCUCAUACUCCCCUGCUCCCCGUUAGCUGCUCCCGGAUCAGUAGGAAAAUCACCCAUAGGCUCAUCUUUUACUGGAAUGUACGAACAUGAAAGACUCAAUAACAACAACAACACAGGUGAACAAAGGGAACCUGACAGCGGUGGGGACAGCGGCUACCCCAGCGAGAGGAGGAGUGAAGGAGACCCAAAUGACCACGUAGACGGGAGGAAGAUGGUAGCUUCUCCAAGAGUCUCUGCAAACUUAAAUUCAUCCGUUGAUGACAGCAAAUGGCUGACAGAGGAGAAGUGGAGCUUUUAUCAUUCGUCUCGCGCUCACGUCCACAGACCCUCCUGUGUGGCCACUGAGGUGGAGCGACUCAACGCUCUGCUGCAGAAAAAGAUUGGCCAGUCGAUCCUCGGGAAGGUCCACCUGGCGAUGGUGCGCUACCAUGAAGCGGGUCGCUUCUGUGAGAAGGACGAGCAGUGGGAUCAGGACUCGGCCAUGUUGCACCUGGAGAGAGCUGCGCAGUGCGGAGAGCUGGAGGCCAUCGUAGCGCUGGGACAGUGCUACCUGCAGCUGCCUCAUCACAUCCUGCCAGACGUCGAGCUGGAGGACAACGCAGGAAACAGGAUGAAAGGUUUUAAGUAUCUGCUGCUGGCAGCCGAGUCCGGUGACAGAUCUUCUAUGAUCACAGUGGCCCGAGCCUUUGAUACCGGGACCAACCUGUCUGCUGACAGAAAGCCGGACUGGAAUGAAGCCAUUCACUGGUAUGACAGUGUGUUAAACAUGACGGACUAUGACGAGGGGGGAGAGUACGACGGGAUUCAGGACGAUCCUCGCUACCUGCUGCUGGCCAGAGAGGCAGAGAUGUACCAAGAGGGAGGCUUCAACCUCACCGCAGACCCCCAGAGAGCAGGCGAUCUGUUUAAUGAAGCAGCAGAAGCAGCUAUGGAGGCCAUGAAAGGUCGACUGGCUAACCAAUACUACAUGAAAGCUGAAGAAGCCUGGGCGCUAAUGGAGGAAUAAUUAUAGACAUUUUUAUCACACACAAUAAAAAGCCACGGGAGUUAAUGCGUCUGACUAACAGCCAGGACAGUUUACAUAUUUUUUAUUACAGAUCUUUUUUUUGCCAGUGGUGCUGUGUGCAUGUGUGUCCGUUUUCUUUAAUUUCCUGUCCCUGAUUUCGUUUUGACUCAGUGAGUGUGGUUGUAUGAAAGAGGAGGCCUGAAGUAUCAAAAUAAAGAAAAGAGUUUACUGGCUUCGCCCCCAAAUGUCAUGUUGGAAGAAUAUAUGUAUAAAAAAAAUACUUGGAGCAGAAAACUGUUAAUAAAGUUUGCUUUUUAUGGGUAAA